GUCGACGAUGCCAAGGAGCCCAAGAAGGAGGAUGACAUGCUAAAGUCCCUCUUUGCCGGGGUGGGUAGUCCGGCGUCCCAUCUGAGCGCCGGUGCAGCUGAGACUGGACCUGACGAAAUGGCGGAAACUGCCGGGCAACUGCCAGGACAAGUUGAUGAUGGUCUUCUUCAUAUCAACAACAAGACCACCUUCCGCGAAGCAGAGUCUGGCA